CUAGUUGAAAGCGGCCAAUGUGUGUCGUCUCUGAUUCUGAUGCAAUUGUGGUGUUUAUAAACUGAGUGUUGUAAGGUUUUCGAAGUGUGUUUGUAGGUUAUAUCGAUAGAAAUUUGAUGUUAUUGCUUUAUAAAUAGAGAUGUCCCAUUCCAGAGGUCUGCCACAGAGCAAAGAAGCUUUAUUGAAGUCAUACACAACAAGAUUAAAGGAUGAUGUUAAGUCUAUGCUAGAAAAUUUUGAAGAAAUAGUAAAGCUGGCCAAAGGUGAAAAUGAAACUCAGUUGUCAAAGAUGACCCAGAGUGAACAAGAUACUUAUGAAAUGCAUGUCCGAGCAGCAAAUAUUGUGCGAGCUGGAGAAUCCUUAAUGAAACUUGUAUCAGAUAUCAAACAAUAUCUCAUUCUUAAUGAUUUUCCUUCUGUGAAUGAAGCCAUCACCCAAAAUUCGAAAUUAUUUAGAACAAAGCAAGCUGAAUGUGAUCAGAAACUAAUGAGUCUUAGAGAUGACAUGGCUGCUGACUUGUAUGAUCUAGAAGAAGAAUAUUAUACAUCUAUUUACAAGUGAUCAUUUUAUAUUUUAAUGUUUUGUAAAUAUAAUGUGCUAGUCAUAUGGCAAUGGAGUGUACCCUCAUCAUGCUUAUUAUUGUCAUAUACAUUUUGUGAUGCUUUAUCUGUACUGAACCACAGAUUUGUAAACAGGAAUUUAAAGUAAAGACUGACAUAUAUGAUAAUUCCUAAACACAUAAUAGGCUUCCUCAACAAACAUCAACUAUGACUGCACACCUGACAAAGUAACAAGGGCUGUAAAAGUAAGUUAAUUUAACUCUACUUCAUAACGGAAACAAGUUGGUCAUCUUCCUACUACAGUGCCUGGCACAAACCUACAUAAGUUCCCAUUUAAGAAAACAAAAUUGCUCUUCAACUUUAAUUAAGUAAGACUUAAAAAUAUGUCAUAAGUUCUUACAUGAUCUAGACAAAAUUAUAUAUGAAAUGAAGUUAUAAUGGAUGAUCAGCAGUGUUGAUAUAAAGGUUUGGAGACAGUCUCAAAGAAAUUUCAUGCCAAGUUAUUUUAGGUAAGAUAUUUGUUCUCUAUAAAUUUUUAUAGUUAACUGAAAAAAGAAUAUGCAUGUAGUUCUGAUACAUACUAAAUGUUUGUGUGUACAAAUAAUAAUUUUGCCUGUUGUCUUGUAUGGUUGUGAAACAUGGUCUCUUACCUUGAAGGAAGAACAUAAAUUACAAGUGUUUGAAAAACAA